AUGUCGCGCUGUCCACCCACAUCGCAAUCGAGCGAGGAUUUGCAGAACUACUAUGAAUCGACUGUCCCUCAAUGGACCAACGUUGAAACAGAUUUUGCCGCUCCUCCAGAAUACAGAUAUAACAUCAACGAUGGUCUCCAACCGCAGGGUCUCGGGAUCACGGCCCCAUUCCCCAGUGAAUAUCCACGGACAUCAGCGCCAAUCUCCAACUAUGCGUUUGCUCCAAGUGAUCACCAGUAUGCCAUGGGCUACGGGCCCACUAUCUCACCUUCACUGCCACCACCAAAGAGGGUGAAACGAUCUGCGUCGGAUGCGAGAGGACCCUCUCGGAAUCCCAGCACACCUCUCAACAUUCUCCCGGACCCAGAAGGCGUGGAGCGUCUGCAACGCGAGCGCAGCUACAGCACGCCAGGUACAGCUCCAAUGCCGUCCAAACCCCGGGCGCCCGGCCGAGGUCGUCGAGACCCAAAGGCCGAGGAGGAAGAUGCUUUCGUGGAGGAGCUGCGCGACAAGGGCACGGCGUGGAAGAAGGUUCGGGAGAAAUUCUACGAGCGAUUCAAUAACGAUGCGAGUGAAGCUCGCCUACAAAUGCGACUCCUCCGCCGCCGCAAAGAACGGCUUGCACGUUGGGAAGAGCAAGAUGUCCGACUCCUCCUAUCGGCUUCCGAUAUGUGGAAGAUCGAAAAGUAUGACUUCAUCGCUAAAAAGAUGAAAGAAUUGGGAUCAACAAAAGAGUACACACCGGAGCAAUGUCGGGCUCAAUUACGCUACAUCGAAGUCAAACAGCGAAAUGCAAAAUCCGGCAGUAACUCCCCUUCCACUACAUCAGAUGAAGCAGAGUCGCCCUUUGAAGGUCCGUCCGAACCUCGCAAACGCAAAUUCUACGAGCUCGAAGGGUGA